GAGAGGCAGAGUGAGCUCCAUCUCUCUCUCGCUCUGCUGUCACUCUCAGGGCAGGUUCAGUUGGGAUCUAAGCUCGGCUCCACUGAAGAUGUCUUCACGCAUUCCUCCCUGGUUCUUUGGAUUAUUUCUGCUGGUGCUCCGGUUCUGCUGCCGACGCUGCUCUGCCUAUCAGCCGCUGGACGAGCGCGGGUCCCAGGGCGCCUUGGACCUCACGGAGCUGAUCGGCGUCCCCCUCCCUCCCUCCGUCUCCUUCGUCACCGGGUUCGAGGGUUACCCGGCGUACAGCUUCGGACCGGACGCCAACGUGGGCCGCCUCACAAAGUCCUUCAUCCCCGACCCGUUCUACAACGACUUCGCCGUCACGGUCAUCGCCAAGCCCACCACGCGGCGUGGCGGCGUGCUGUUCGCCAUCACAGACGCUUAUCAAAAAAUUGUGCACUUAGGUGUAGCGCUGUCAGAAGUGGAGGAUGGAUCCCAGAGGGUCGUGCUGUUCUACACGGACCCGGAGACGACAGCCGGGACCCAGGAAGCAGCUUCCUUCAAGAUGGGCGACCUGACGGGAAGAUGGGCGAGGUUCACCCUGACGGUGCAGGGGGCGGAGGUGCGUCUCUACAUGGACUGUGAGGAGUAUCACCGGGUCGCCUUCGUCAGGAGUCCGCAGCCUCUGACGUUCGAGGCCAGCUCGGGGAUCUUUGUGGGAAACGCCGGCGGCACGGGCCUGGAGAAGUUUGUGGGCUCCAUCCAGCAGCUGGUGUUGAAGUCAGAUCCCACGGCCCCAGAUGACCAGUGUGAGGAGGACGAUCCGUAUGCCUCUGGAUAUGGAAGUGGUGAUGAUGCCUAUGACGACGCUGAAGAAAGAGAAGAAGUGAAAAAGAUUGUGGAGGAGAGAGAGUACACCAUGGCCCUCCCAGAGCUGGAUCCGACUUACAGCACGCCGGUCAGAGCUCCGCCCACUGAGCGGUCCAUACGCAGCAGUUAUGACGAUGAUGAAGACAUGGAGGAGACGUCUGGACAGGAGGAGGUGAAGAGCACAGUCAAAGUUCAAUCUUCUCUGAUGGCGACUCCAGCCUCAACCCUGGACACUUCUCAGUCCCUCCAGGUGUCUCCGGGCACGAAAGGCGAGCGAGGGGAUCCAGGUCCGGCCGGCCCACCAGGACCCCCUGGCCCCCAAACCUCAGGAGAUGGAGAGGGGGGGGAGCCGGGACCACAGGGGCCACAGGGGCCACUGGGACCCACAGGCCCAGCUGGAGCACCGGGGAAAGAUGGACAGCCUGGGACUAAAGGUGAAACUGGUUUACUGGGUGCAACUGGGACUCCAGGAUUCACAGGACUUCAGGGAGAGCCUGGUCCUAAGGGAGACAAGGGGGAUCUGGGUGUUGGAGUAGCGGGUCCUCCGGGGCCUCCUGGACCUCCAGGUCGAACCAGCUCGGGGUCCAUGUUCAUGGAGGGGUCAGGAUUUGAAGACUUUGACAGUGAUGCAGAACUUAUUCGGGGAGCUCCAGGGCUUCCCGGCCCCCCUGGAGAGCCAGGGACCCCUGGGACCUCGUCCGGAGACGUAUUUCCUGGACCACCUGGGGUUCCUGGGAGAGAUGGGAAGGACGGAGUGAUGGGAGAUCCUGGACUUCCUGGAGCGGAUGGAAAAGAUGGCGAUCCAGGGUCUGCUGGCGAGAAGGGAGACAAGGGAGUCCCCGGUGGGAGCGGCCAACCAGGACCGAAGGGAGACCAUGGCCCUGCAGGGCUCCCAGGCUUCCACGGGUCCGAGGGUCCAGGAGGGCAGCCCGGUCCCAGGGGUCCACCGGGCCCCCCCGGACCCCCUGGAAGAGCCCUCACAUUGGACUAUGAGGACUUGGAAGGAUCUGCCAUGCGGGGGGACUUAGGAUCUGCUCUCACCCCAGGACCACAGGGUGUCCCUGGAGCUCCAGGACCAAAUGGUAAAGACGGUUUAGACGGCGCUCCAGGAAAACCAGGUCAAAAGGGGGACGAGGGUCCUGCAGGACGACCAGGGUUCCCAGGACUGGACGGGCCGAAAGGGGAAGAGGGAGCAACGGGAGACAAAGGUGAUUCAGGACCAAAGGGUGAGAUGGGACUCGGUAUUCCCGGCCCUGCAGGACCACCUGGACCUCCAGGACCCCUCGUCAACCUCCAGGAUCUUCUGCUCAACGACACAGACGGUGCCUUCAACUUCUCAGGGUUUUUUGAUGCUCAGGGAUCUGCUGGUCCGAAGGGAGACAUUGGGUUGCCAGGUGUUCAAGGACCUCCUGGACUUAGAGGUGAAAAGGGCGAGCCAGGAUUCAUCAUGGCAGCGGAUGGAGCCAUGGUGACAGGCCUGGCUGGUCCUGCCGGACCCAACGGAAUCAAGGGAGAUAACGGUGUAGCUGGACCCCCUGGUGGUCAAGGACCAGUGGGACCCCCGGGGCCUAAAGGAGAGUUUGGUUUUCCUGGAAGAGCUGGUCGUCCAGGCCCGAUGGGAUUGAAAGGAGACAGAGGGGACUCUGCUGGGCUGCAGGGAGCUCCCGGCCCCCCUGGACCACCGGGCCGCCCAGGAAUGUUCAACUGCCCCAAAGGAACAGUUUUCCCAGUCCCUCCCAGACCUCACUGCAAAAUGGCUCUUAAUCCCAAUGGAAGCGUCGCAGUCGGAAACUGUCAGGGGGGGGUGAAAGGAGAGAAGGGAGGGAGAGGCCUUCCUGGGAUGCCAUCUCCACCAAGUACUUUGAUGCCCAGAGGAUCCUGGGGGCCAAGAGGUGACCAGGGAAUGAAAGGCGAAAAGGGAGACAAGGGAGAGACCGGUAUGCUGGGGCAAACAGGAAACCCCGGUAGACAAGGACUGGUGGGUCCUAAAGGAGAGUCGGUGAUGGGACCUCCAGGCCACCCCGGGAUGCCCGGCUCACCUGGUGUCCCAGGUUAUGGGAGACCUGGUCCUGUUGGUCCUCCUGGUCCACCGGGGCCUCCAGCACCCUCUUCAUCAUCCCCAAGAUACGGUUCCUCAGGUUUGACCAUCAGUGGCGCUCCUGGACCUCCUGGACCACCAGGACCUCCUGGAUCUUCGGGUAACUCAGCAUCUCUGAAAACCUUUUCUACUCGUGAGAGCAUGAUGCAGAACACGGUCCGGGACGCGGAGGGAACUCUGUCCUACGUCACGGAGACAGGAAGUCUCUUCCUCAAGGUUUCCCAGGGAUGGAAAGAGAUACAGCUCGGCAGCCUGAUCUACCUCUCCAGUAACAUCAUCCCACAGGACGAGCCUCGAGUUGCAUAUCAGAUAAGAGGAGACACGAUCCAAAGAAUAACUUCAGUUAAAGAGAGGCUCAACCUGGUGGCCCUGAACCAGCCUCACUCCGGGGGCCUGAUGGGACUCGACACGGCCGACCGCAUGUGUUACGAGCAGGCCAAGGCCAUGGGCUUGGCUCCGAACUACCGCGCCUUCAUCUCCUCCCACAGGCAGGACCUGGUCCAUGUGGUCUACCCUGGUUUCCGUGAAAAUCUGCCCGUCACCAACCUCAGGGGAGACGUGAUGUUCAGGAACUGGCGAGCGAUUUUCAGCGGCGACGGAGGACCAGUGAAUUCCCGGAUACCCAUCUACUCCUUCGAUGGACGGGACGUUUUAGCCGACCCCUUCUGGCCUGAGAAGAACAUCUGGCACGGCUCCACCAGCAGGGGAUUCCGAGUGUUGGACAAACACUGUGAGACGUGGCAAGCGGACCACGUGUCCGUCAUGGGUCAGUCGUCCAGCCUGACCUCGGGGCUGCUCCUGGGCCAACAGACGCGAAGCUGUUCCAACGAGUACAUCGUCCUCUGCAUCGAGACCCACAAAAACCCUUAGAUCCUGUCCCAACCGCCCCCCCAACGCCCCAAACCACUCCACCGAGGAAGCCAUCUCAGCCACCGUGGAACAUUCUGGGAACAGAUGUGUCUUUCUACGCAAAGAACGUCAUUUUCAGCACAUGGUUGGUGCUAUGUGUCGCAUUGUGUGGCAGGAAAAGCCUGUAUUUUGCAAAAAGGAUAUUUAUACUUGUUUUACUCCCCACGUCACUUUCUGAGGAGAAAGAUUCAGACGCAGUAACAAACAGAGAUUUAUUGUAAUGUGAAGUUUGGAGGAUUCCUUUCAAAAGCAAUGUCCGUGUGUGUUGUAAAGUAACAUGAUGGAUUUCCCAUUAAUUCCACUGUUGUGGCACAUAAUGUAAAAUGCAGCAGAGCCUGAUGGCGGCUGCCAGUCUUCGUAUUAAUUCGAGACAUUAACGCUGUCCUUUCAAAGUAAAUAAUUUAUUACUGCUAAAAUGAUGAAUGCGGCACCUUUAACCGUUACUGCAAACAAACGCCACAAGAUGGAUUUGUGAGAAUCAAACAAAGCAACACAAACGGCUGCACAUAGUCACCCGGGUGUGUUGAGGAUAAGACGUCUCUAUUGCAUCCGUCUCGUCGUUCUUACAGAAGACUGAGAGACAAACCGAGGACACACAGAAAUCUGCACCUGAACCUGAAACCUGCCCUGAGAGAUCCCCAAAGACUUUUCAACAGAAGCGUCGAAAUGCGACUUUCGUUGUUUUGUUUACAGUUUUUUUUACAUUUGUCAAGAAUUUCAGGAGACGUUUACUCAACAUUUCAAGAGCCAGACUUUAAGAACUGUCCCUCGUCCGACAGCAGGACGACCUGACGACCAGUGUUGCCACCAAAGUAAAUAUUGUUGCACUGUACUUCAUUUUAAAACAAUUCUUUAGUUCAACAUCUUCAUUCUUGAAAGUGUUCGUAGCUUUUCUUACACCUCGGUGAUCUCACUCCUUAGCAGCUCUUUCUAGGCUAUUUAAUUUAAAUCCAUUUAGAUUUAUUUAUACCGUCACAGCACAUAACAUGAAAUCAAAUGAUUCAAUUUAAGAAUGUAAUUUAUCGUUCAUUGUUUGUCAAAUGACUGUUUUUGUUUUCAUCACUUUUUUUUAGCUUUUUGUACAGUUGUUUUUUAAGCUCAUACUUUUAUGAAGAAUGUUGACAAACUCAAAGUUUAAGAGUUUAAUUCACAAGAUUUAAACAAGCAAAACAUAUUUUCACAAUCCAAUAAAACCAAACCCUACAAAGUAAUUUCAUGCCGGCGAAAGUGAGAGCACGUGUUUUUGUAUAAAUGUUGGUGCUUUGUUGAAUAAAGAUUUUUCUUUUCAUAA